AUGCAAGGACAAAUCACGCAUUGGGAAGAUGGCUUAGAAGUGGGAGAUACCUCUAAUGAACCGGGUGGAAAGGGCGCUUGGAGUGAGGUUGGCGCAAGCGGGCUCCAGGCGGAGCUCCUGACCGAGGUGGGGAGAUGCAACCGAAGCCUCGGCCCCGUCUUUGGGCAGGCGGUCCCUCUUCCAAGAGCCCAGCCUGGCCGGGGGCUGCUUCUGGGGCCUUCCCUGCUCCUCCGCUUGGAAGGGUUUCCGGGGCUUUGGCGCCGCAGCCUCUGCCGGGGCUUCCACGGGACCCGAGCGGGGCCUCGGGCAGAGAAUAUGAGCCUCCGCGUCCCGAGCGAAGAGCGGGGCCCGGAGCGCUUGCCCGGCGGGGCGGUGGGCUCAGCGGAGCGGCCCUCGGGGCUCUGUGCGGGUCGCUCUCGGGGGCCGAAAGGCGGGCGCCUCUCCUUCGCGACCCGGCCUGGGCCCCGCCGCCCCUUCCCUCGCCUGCGCUUCCCAAACGGAAGUGGACGAAACCCCCGGAGAAAAAGAAAGCGCCGCGCCCAGCGGGCACAGCUGACGCCGCCGCCGCCGCCGCCUCCCCGCGCAGGUGCCCGGCCGGCCUUCCUGGCGGCGGCGUCCCGGCGUCCCUGCGGAGCGAUGGGCGUCUCGGGGCCGGCCUGGCGGGACUCGCUGCCCUACUACUACUGCGUCAAGUUCGCGCUCUCGGCGUCCUCCACCCUCUUCUCGAUGGUCGGCCUUGUCAUCUUCUGUGUGGGCAUUUAUGCCGAAGUGGAAAGGCAGAAGCACCGGACCUUGGAAGAGCUCUUCCUUGCUCCAGCCGUCAUUCUCAUCCUCCUGGGCCUCACGAUCUUUGCCGUUUCUUUUAUUGGCAUGGUGGGAUCCCUCCGAGACAACCGUACGCUGCUGAAAACCUUCUUCUGGGUCCUCUUGGCCAUCUUCAUCAUUGAGUUGCUGCUAUUGUUGGUCGAAAUCAUCUUCGAGAAGCAGAUGAAUGCAGUGUUCCAUUCCAGCAUUCAGGAUGGAAUAAGACACUAUUAUGACGACUUGGAUUUCAAAAAUAUUUUGGACUAUGUUCAGCAAAAGUUUUCCUGCUGUGGAGGUGACGAAUUCAGCGACUGGCAUGUGAAUCCAUACCACUCGUGCAAUGGCAGUGGCCCUCUGGCCUGUGGAGUGCCCUACACCUGCUGUAUCAGGAAGGCGCCAGGAGAAGUCAUCAACACUCUGUGUGGAUACCGAACACUAAAUCAAGAGCGACUGGAGCUGGUGAACACCAUCCACGUACGCGGCUGCAUCCACGCAGUGAGCUUUUGGUUCAAAGACAAUUUUGAAGCCACUUUAGCAAUUGUUUGCUCUUUGCUCCUUCCUCAGGUCUUCGGCUUGGUGAUGGCCUGGCUACAUUGGCAGAAGCUGAAUGAGAUUCAUUCCCAGAUGGACACUGUGGACUUCAAGCAACUAGACUGGAGCGACUUCAAUUUUGCUACUCUGGACCUCACGGGGGCCGGCUGGUGCUGGUGUUUGCCUCGAGAAGGUGGCUACAUCCCAGUCUGUGACAAAGAUGAUGAGAGCGAGGUCGAGGCUGCCACCAGCCACAGCAAAGUGUGAAGCUCUUAGGUUGCUUGCGGUGCCCAUUCCGGAGAGACUGGUCAGGCCUAGCCGCCCAAAAGUGGCGUGGGACUGUUAAGCAACGAGAUCUGUGGGUAUUGUAAAGGGUGCUUUGCCUUCUGAAAUGUACACAACCACUCAGUAAUUGUUUUUGCAUACUAAGUUGAGUUUAAAAUUCAAGUAGGUUUUUCCAAUUUUGGGACUCUGAACUUUUAAUAUAUAUUUUUUUUUAAAAAAACUGAAAUGUAGAAGCUUUUUUAUUUUAUAGUUUUUAGAUUUUAGAACUUUAGUAGAAAAAAGAAUCCCAGGUAUUUUGUACACCAGAUGGUUAAAAUAUUGCCCCUGCAUUUUCCUACAUAUUACCUAGUAGAUGGUCCAAUUUUUUACACUCAUUUCAAAUUGAAUUAAUGCUUUAAUUUCCCAAAAAAAAGUCUCUUGAUGACUUUAAAGCAGUUUCUUCACUACAAAAACCCAACCAGUCAAGAACCUUGUAGUGCAGACAUUUCCAGUUCUUUCCAGUUUACAGACUUCAGUAGUAAUUUUACCAUCAAAAAAUUCUGAUGACCGUGAAAAGCAAGGAUUUGGUGUGGUAGGUAAUGAUAUAUAUGGAUCUCCAAAAUAAAAUAAAUCUUAUGUUCCCAUUUGAAAGAUUGCAAAACGUUUACAAAUGUGGCAAUCCCACAUUUUUUGCUCCUUUGAAAAUUAACCUUUAUUCUGGCUCUCUCCCAGAGUGUUCGUGUGUGAUAGAGGUCUUGGGCCACAGAAAAGGACUGUGUGAUGUAGCGUCACGUAACCAAUCAGAUGCCGCUUAGUGACCCAGUGGAUCCACAAUGAACUGGUGUCUGGGGACAAAGCGUGUUAUCACCUUCACUGAACUUGAGCAGAGUGCCUGAAAAAGAGGCGCGUUCUGCAUUGAUGGAAAUCUCACAGCAACAUAGGGUGUUAAAUAAAUAUCUGCCUUAGGAAAUGCCCCGUGCGGAAGGCGUUUCCUCGUUUUGAAAAAAGGCCCGUGUUGACAAGGUACAGAAACACUUGUAAAAUCUUGUUCGUUUCUAGUCAUCUUACUUUUGAAUUUUGCUAUAUAUAUUCUUUGCUUUUAUUUUUCAUGAUUUUUGUAAGCCCCUAUUUGUAAUCAGGAUACCUUGGGAGGGUAGUGACUAUGAUUGAUCGAGUGGCUGAUCAGUUGAUUGAUUGAUUAAAUAAAUAAGUGAUUGGACAUGGAGCUGUCCAAUCAUCUUUGGCAGCAAACACAGGGUCUUUUGCAUCCACAAAGACUUAUCAAUAAGUGGGUAGACACCCUUGUGGAUCACAGUUCAUGUCAUCACAUGUGUGGGAAUUAGUCUGGAGUGCCUCAGGAGGGCCCAGGUGGUGUAAUGGUUAAAGCACCAGGCGAGAAACCGGAAUACAGUCUGUUCUAGUUGCCCUCAACUUACGACAACAAUUGAAUCCAAAAUUUCUGUUGCUAAGCAAAACAGUUAAAUGAUUUUGCCCCAUUUUAUGCCCUUCCUUGCCACAGUUGAAUCACAGCAGUUAUUAAGUGAGUAACAUGGUUGUUAAGUGAAUCUGGCUUCCCCGUUGACUUUGCUUGUCAGAAGGUCGCAAAAGGGGGUCACGUGACCUCUGGGGAAACUGCGACUGUUGUAAAUAUGAACCAAUUGCCAAGCAUUUGAAUUUUGAUCACGUGACCAUGGGGGGGGAUGCUGCAGUAGUUAUAUGUGUGAGAAACGGUCAUUAGGCACUUUCUUCAAUGCAAUUGUAACUUCAAGCGAUCAUUCAAUGAAUGGUUGUAAGUUGAGGACUACCUGUCCUACCUUAGGAGGAAGCCAGCAGGGUGACCGUUGGCCAGUCCCUCUUUCUCAACUCCAGGAAGAAGAGGGCCAAGGCGAACUUGUCAAGAGAACUGCAACGUCUCAGAGGCACCCAAAGUGAAGACGCGUCUCUGAGCCCAGUGAAAACCUGCAGGCCUCGGACUUAGAAGAGAGCUGAUUGGCCUCGCUUGGGAAAGAGGCACCACUGCAGAAAGGCCUCGUCUUGGAUAAGCCGAUUGAGCCACAUUGAAGACAACCUCCCUCUGCUGAAAAAUAAUUGAUGUCAGGCCGAUCCAUUCUGUCGUUCCCUGGAUCUGUUUUUCUUCCUUUUUGGAAGAUGGGAACCACGACAGCUCUUUUCCAGUCCUCUGGUAGUUCCCCGGUGCUCCAGGAUCUUUGAAAGACAGGGUUCACUGGUCCCGAGAUCACGUCUGCCUGCUCUUUCAGGACCUUGGGGUGUAAUCUAUCUGGUCCUGGUGAUUUGAACUCGUCUGGAGCAGACAGGAGUUCUCGUACUAUUUUCUUGUCUGUUUUUUACAUUUAUGUUUUUGGUAGAUUGAGAUAUAUUAUCUUUGUGCGCAAAGACAGACGCGAAGAAUGAAUUAAGCAGCUCUGCUUUCUCUCCACUGCCCUUUACUUCCUUGCCAUCUUGUCUCAUUAGUGGAGUCCCAUUGUUUCCUUGACUUUUUUCUUUUUUGUGUGGUUGUAGCGCCCCCUCGUGGUCACAAACUGAAAAUCUGUUUGAAUAAUAGAGCAGAUGCAGAGCAAGACCUGCUUGGCAUGGCAGGGCCAGUGGGGGCAAGAAGACUCUCACCAACCACGAAUGGGGAUGCUGCAAUGGUUGUGAGAGGACCACUCACAAGUCACUUUUUCCAAUGCCAUUGUAACUUUGAAUGGUCGCUAAAUGAAUGAUUGUAAGUCGAGAACUACCUGUAUUGUAUAUAAAUUGGAAGCAAACCUCCAUACACUAUAAUGCUCAAUGGUCUCAGGAGUGAAACGCCUCCGAGCAAAGAACUGAGCUCAGAGAGCACCAAGGACUCCACAUUUCAACCUUGUGCUACGGAGAUUCUCUACUAUUGGACCUCAUCCUGCAAGUGCAGAUAUGAAGAAAUUGUAUUUUUCCUUGUCUUUCCUAUGUGGCAAGAAGAUGGUGGUCUUUCAUUUCGUUCAACAACUGUAAUGAUUAAAUAUCGGUUUCACUUGAAUUGUUGUUACCUUAUACUUUCUUGUAUUUAAUUUACCUGCUAAGGGUACUCAAUAAAGCUUGAAAUCUCCUUC